GCUUCGCCCCGGGCUGCUGGCAGCCGUGGCGGCCACCGGAGACCGCAAGGGGCGGAGGAAAGCAGGGGGCGGCGGGGGCCAGCCUCGACACGCAGAGGAUCAGCCGAGCAUGCCCCGAGACAACAUGGCCUCCCUGAUCCAACGGAUCGCCCGCCAGGCGUGUCUCACCUUCCGGGGCAGCGGGGGCUGCCGCAGCGCUUCCGAUCACGGCGCGGCGCCGGGCUCCGAGGCCCCUAUGCCUCAGGGCUUCCCGGAGAACCUGAGCAAGCUGAAGAACCUGCUGACCCAAGUCCGCGCGGAGGACCUGAACAUCGCCCCGCGCAAGGCCACGGUGCAGCCGUUGCCGCCCAACCUACCACCGGUCACCUAUAUGCACAUCUACGAAACCGACGGCUUCAGCCUCGGCGUGUUCCUGCUCAAGAGCGGCACGUCCAUUCCGCUUCAUGACCACCCGGGCAUGCACGGCAUGCUCAAGGUGCUCUACGGCACCGUGCGCAUCAGCUGCAUGGACAAGCUGGAGGCGGGCGGCGGGCAGCGGCCACGGGCCCCGCCGCCAGAGCAGCAGUUCGAGCCGCCGCUGAAAGCCCGGGAGCGGGACGCCGUGCGGCUGGGCGUGCUGCGCUCGAGGGCCGAGUACACCGAGGCCAGCGGCCCCUGCGUCCUCACCCCACACCAGGACAACCUGCACCAGAUCGACGCUGUGGACGGGCCCGCCGCCUUCCUGGACAUUCUGGCCCCGCCCUAUGACCCGGACGAUGGCCGGGACUGCCACUAUUACCGGGUGCUGGAGCCUGUCAGGGACAAGGAGCUCUCCGGCUCGGCCUGCGACCUGCCCCGAGAGGUGUGGCUCCUGGAGACCCCUCAAGCCGAUGACUUCUGGUGCGAGGGGGAGCCCUAUCCAGGUCCCAAGGUCUUCCCUUGAAGCCGCCAGCGCCCGGUUGCCGUGGGGCGAAGACGUGCCCUGUUCACACCUGGGCCUGGCUACCCGCGACCCACCAUAAGGGCUCUCUCCCUACCCGCAGGCCUGGGCUUUGGAUCUACUGGAAUGGGCUGUAGCUGCUUUCUCCGGAGCCGUGGGAAGCACUGGCGACUGGAGUGCAGCCGCGGGGUCGGGUUAAGGGGCGGGGAAGGCUAGUAGACUAGGUUGUUUCCUGGCUCUGUCACUGCCAUUGGGGUUUUGGUUUGGGGGAAAGGGGGGCAGGGGACUAUCUGAAGCGCUUCCAUCCUAAAGCCAUAAUGAAAAUAGUCUUUUCUCUGUUCUUUAUACUAUACAAAAUACACUAAAAGCCCCCACACCCCCUACCCCGGGUAAAUAGGAUUUGUUUUCCACCUAUGUCCCUUUUACUCCUUAUUGUUAUAAUUCUAAUUUAUUGAUUGCAUGACCCAGUGGUUUGAAUUGUUUUUAGUUCAAGUCACUGGUAAAAACUAGGUUUAACAAGAUGAGCUACUAUGUAAAGUGAAAAUUAGAUCAUUUUUCCAGAGUUGGAGUAUCACCCCCAAAGCAUAACUAUGCAUGUAGAGGACAAGAUUUGUUUUCUUUCCUCCUCUUGCCCGGUAGCCACAUCUGGUUUACUCUGGCAGCAUCUACCAAGAAAUCCAGCGCCUGCAUAUCUCAGUGACAGAUGAUCACUUAGAGCUUAUUGUCCCCUUGAGUCUCCAGAUCUGGGAGUUAAGCAGAUUUCUUGUUGCAGAUUCACCUUUAAUGCAAAAACUAUAUUACCUUCAAAUGACUUUUCAUUUUGGGGGGAGGGUCUUCGUGAGCUUUAAGAGGUGAUAGGUUAAUUCUGGGUUUUCUAACCAGAAGAUUCAAAGGAGCUGAAUCGCCAUGCUUCCAAACAACUGAAUGUAAAACACUUCUAGCCAGUUGUUGAAUUCCAUGCCCCUGUUUACUUCCAGUAUUUUCCUGCAAAAAUAGAGAAAAAUGUUGAUGACUGUUUCAAAUUUUCAGGAGCUCAAAUGUUCCAGAAGGCUGCUGGUUCCAGCUGUGUGGUUUUGAUGGCAGUGUUCUCCCAACAGUAGUGAGCCAGAGCUUGCCUCAUCUGGUGUGGUUUCUAUAGGAAGAGAGAAGGCACACAUGAUCAAGGCUACAGAAUAGAGAAUUACCUAUACUGCUGGCCAUUUUAGGGCACCAGAACGAGGGACAAAACACUAACCAACCUCUUAAACAGUUGUGCUAUCUGUAACUAGUUUUAUUUUUGUCCUUUCGGUAAGCUCAGCAACUUUACCUUGUUUACAAAUGUAUUUACACCAUUUGCUUCAGGCUAUGGAGCACUAUUGUUUCCCUCUUUUUACUAUUUAUAGGAUUCCUUUUUCACAACACUUUUAAUAAAAACAAACUGUAGAAAUAAACACAUUAAAAUCUG